UAAAAUAAAAUAACGAAACGAUCAAUAUCAGAUUGGUUGAUGUAGUUGGUGCCGAGCAGUAGCAAGAUUUUGACAAGGACAAAAAAGGGAAGUUAAGACAUUGGCAUGGCAUGGCGUGUGCUACUAAAUUUAAAUUAACAGUAGCGCCAGUGUGAUUUUAUGAAGAUGAUAAAACCGAUGAUACAAUUGUAGAAAUUUGAGAUUGGUUUCUAUUUUCUUUUUGUCUCUUUGUGGAAGGACAGCUUAAGAAUUUUUGCUUCUUCAACCUCCCGAAUCCCAGCUCCUUCCAUUCUUACUUUUGUUUCUUCAAGGAAUUAAAGAUGGCGGCAUCAUCGACGUUUGAAUCCUCUUUAAGAAGAGGGAGUCAAACAACGACGACGACCUCAAGAAAGACAACACCAUCAUCUUCGGGCUCUUCGAGAAGAGCAGCAACAGCUCCUUUUCGGAGAUCCAGAAGCGUUAGCGCCUUUUCAAGAGCCUCUCAUUCAGACUUUUCCGAAUUCUCCAUAAAAACAGACAACCCUCUCUUUGACAACAACAGCAACGACGACGCUUUGUUCCCAAAUUCCAUCCUUAAAUCCGACCAAAUUACUUCCAAAACCAAACACAAAGCGGUUGCCGCCGAUGAUUAUGGUAAUAGGAGAGGCAGAUCUAUUUCCAGAGUUGGUCCUGAUGGAAGACACGUGUCGGGUUCGGGGAAUAGCAAGGAGUCGUCUCGGAGCUUGUCGAUUGUGGAUACAAGGAGACGUGGCCGCUCUGUCUCCCGCACUCCACUUUCAAGAACCCGUUUCGCUGCUUCUGAGACUGAGAUGGAGCAAGAAGGUAAUUUGUGGAUGAAAUCCAGGGAUAAAGGUAAUUUAAGUGCUACUUCGGGUAAUGGUUCAAAGGGUAAUUUAGUUAGGAGCAGUUCUAGUUUGACACGGUCAAGUCAGAGGAAGCCUAUUGAUCCGUUGGAUGCUUCUCCUAAAAGUUUGUCCCGUUUAAAAACUGCAAAAUUGGAUGGUGCAAUCUCAACAAGUUCUUUUUCCGAAGAUGAACUGAUGGAUUCAUUCCAAGGGGAUAAUCUGGUGGGAGAUGCUACUGCUGCCAGUGACAUAUACAGAACUGUUAAAUCAGAAGUGAGGCGGGCUAUUUCUGAUAUCCAAAAUGAGCUGGAGAAUGCAAUCAGGAGUAAUGCAACUACCGGUGUUGCUGAAAUUCCUCCUGACUUGGUGAACCCAGGUGCAGUUGAGUUAGUUUCGGACAUACAACGAGAAUAUGCCACAAAGCUAGAGCAGUCCCAAGAACGUGCCAGACAACUUCGAACUGACCUCGCUGUAGAGGAAUACCGUGGUAUGGAGCUUAGUAGGAUCCUGAAGGAAGUGCUUCCAGAUGCCAAAACUCCUAGCACAAAGAAAUCCCGUUCAGGAAGAAAAUCCAGUAUUGAGAGAAGGAAGAUCUCAAAAUGUCUAACCGAAGAUGCCCUCGCCUAUUUUGAUGAGUGUGUCUCACUUUCAACAUUUGAUGGCUCUGACUUCUCAUCACUAGAAGAUCCACCACCAAAAUUAGUUGGAGUUGGCAACCUAGAUGGUGACGGCAUAUCUUUGCUGCAUGCAAAUUCAAACAUUCCAGGCAGCAAUUGUCCUAGCAAUUAUCUCCAUGACAAACAGGAAUGUCAAUUCACAUACAACCAUGAUCCUUUCGAUUUAACAGCCAGUAAUGGUUGCAUGGAGCAGAGUCGAGAUCAACUCAGUCUGAACAGUAGUGACGGAGAAUGGAAUAAAAACUUCAAGUUUUCGUUUUCUUCCAAGCCAGGUCAGAUAUGUGAGCUCCAACAAGACAUUAAAAAGUAUGUCAAAGGUUUUGAGAAGGACAAACGGAAGAUUGACAUUGAUUCACAGAUUACAUCAAGAAGUAGCUAUGAUCCGGCGGAAUACAAAUUCCAGGCCUCACAACAAAGUUUGUUGUUUGAUCAUGUGUUCCUUAAAAACAGGCAUAGAUGGACUGGGAGGUUUGAGGCUCACCUUUGGGACAAGAGUUCAUGGAAUAACAUUCAGAACAAGAAAGGAAGACAAGUUUAUCUGGGGGCUUAUGACAGUGAGGAGGCCGCAGCUCGAACGUAUGAUCUCGCCGCACUCAAGUAUUGGGGCCCCGAUACCACCUUGAAUUUUCCGAUAGAUAGAUAUGAGAAAGAGAUUGAAGAAAUGAAGAAGGUAUCAAAGGAAGAGUACUUGGCAUCCCUUCGGCGGCGGAGCAGUGGAUUUUCAAGAGGAGUUUCUAAAUACCGUGGGGUGGCUAGGCAUCACCACAAUGGAAGGUGGGAAGCUCGAAUUGGCCGAGUCUUUGGGAACAAAUAUCUCUAUUUAGGAACUUAUGACACACAAGAGGAAGCAGCAGCAGCAUAUGAUAUGGCAGCACUGGAGUACAGGGGGACCAAUGCCGUGACCAACUUUGAUGUUAGCCAUUACAUUGAACGUUUGAAGCAGAAAGGAAUUUCAUUUCUAGAUCAACCGCAAGAACAAAUUCCAGACACGGCAGCAGAAGUCGAACAACCACAGCAGCAGCAGCAGCAACAACAACAAGAACAACAACAGCAACAAAGAGAAGAAGCUCACAAACCUCAACAUUUCCAGUACAUGCCAAUGCAUCUCCCUCUAUGUGUCGACAAUGCGACAAUAGCUGGUAUGGAGACAACUGGUAGCAACGAGCUAGCAUGGAGUUUCUGCAUGGAUUCAGGGUUGACAUCAUUUUUGGUUCCGGACUUCCCUCUCUUAAAAACCGAUGAAUUACCAAACUUGUUCGAUGAUACAGGGUUUGAGGAUAACAUUGACUUAAUAUUCGAGGUAGGGCCUAACCAAAAUGAGGCCAACCGGGAAUGCGUGUCGGGUUAUGCAAGUUCUGGUGCCAUGAACAUAGAAGAAGAUAAUGGGAAGGAAAGGUUGUUGUCUUCUUCUUCUUCUUCUUCUUUGGCUGAUUCUCCAUAUUCCUUAACAACCUCAGUUUCUUGUAACUACUCUGUCUAAUGUUUUUGCAUUUUGGAUUAAGAGUUGGGAGUUUGUUGUUGGAAAUCUGUUGUGGGUGGGUGGAGGAUGGAUGCCAAAGAUUCAAAAUGCCUUUGUUUUUUUAUGCAUUUCCUUCCUUUAAUUAAAUUAAAUGGAA